CUAAAGCCCCUCUCCCCUGCAGGAGGAGAGAGUUGGAGGGCCCCGGGGCCGGACCUGCUCUAGUCCGGGCCCUUAUUCCGGGCUGCCUGUGCCGGGAAGCCCGAGAGCCAGUGUCGCUCUGUCUGCAGCCUUUCAAGAAUAGUCCCCGCUCCGUCCAGAAUAAACAUCUCGUUCCCGCCUGCACCUCUAUCUCCUCCUUGUGGUCCCUCUGCCCUCUUUGGCUUGUUUUCCCAGGAUCCCCGAGGGGAAGGAGUCCGGCAGCGUAGAAACACAAGAAUGUGUUUCAGAGGCAGAAUUUAUCCCUCCUCAGCGAGGAGGAAAAGAUGAAUAAAAACCCCCAAAACCUUUUCCUUUUGUUUUCCCGCCGUAAUCUUCCAUCAAUGGUUUUUGAAAUGUUUUUGUCCCUUAGUUUCCUCAGAAUGACCAGUGCAGCCCUGUGGCAUCUUCCAGUCAUCCAGGAAAUCGUAGCCAGGAGAAAUACUCCUUAUGGACAGCAGAUUUUUGGGUGAACACUGGCAUCUGGAUAUGCAAGACUGAGAAGGAGCAAGAUAAAACAGGAUGGGGAAAGAGAAACAAACUUCCCAUUCCCUGAAUUCUUAGACGGAGUGGAGCAAGUUUUCCCUCGGGACGCCUUAGCUCCAGUUAGCUUCUGCAGGCUGUCGUGGAACCAGGCACUUUUUGUGUAUCAAGCUCGAUCUUUCAGGCCAUUUCCAUUUUGUAGAUAGCUGCGGGUCUCACUGACUUCUCCCUGUCAGCAGGGACGUGGCUUCCCUUAGCAUCACUGCCAUGUGAGGUCCUCGGGGAGCCCGUCUAGGGUUUGCAAAGGAGCCGCUUGAGACACAGAUGGUGUCUGAGUUAAAAUGGAGCAGUCGGCUGUCCACCUGUGGGUGAGAACAGAACCGUUUAUAGUGGGCACUUUGCCUCUCCCUCCUCCAGCCAAGUUCAGCCUUCACUAUCUCAGAAAGAUCUCCACGUAUGUUCGAACCCGAGCCAGGGAGGGAGGCUACCCGCGCCUCUUCUGGCCCACGUGGAAGCACAUCGCCUGUGGCAAGCUGCAGUUGGCCAAGGACAUAGCUUGGCUUUACUUUGAAAUCUUCGAUAGUCUGGUGGUGAGGACCCCUGAGGAGCGGCUGGAAUGGGCCGAACUGAUAUCGAGCUGCGUGUGUGAGGAAGACGUGGAGAAGCAGAGGAGCAAGCUUUCAGUGGACACUCUUCAGUUCCUGCUAUUUUUGUAUAUACAACAAUUAAAUAAGGUUUCCUUAAGAACGUCUUUGAUUGGGGAAGAAUGGCCAAGUCCCAGAAACAGAUCUCCAUCUCCGGACUUCACUGGAAAAUCCAUCUGUCAUAAUAAGACCUGGAAUGAUUGCAGCCACCAAGCCUUUGUCUAUAACCAUCUGUCCGAUCUCCUGGAGCUCCUUUUGGACCCAGAGCAGCUCUCCGAUUCCUCCCACUGCACCCACAACAGCCAGGUCUGUCCCGAGGCUGUGCAGGCCCUCAGCUUUCUCAUUGAGGGCACCGUCAGCAAAGCCAGGAAGGUCUAUCCGAUCCACGAGCUCGCUCUGUGGCAGCCUCUGCAUUCAGAGAGCGGCUUCUCGAAGAUUUCCAAAACCUUCUCCUUCUCGAAGCUGGAAGCCUGGCUCAGGUGCUGUUUGACUGCCAACCCGUUUGGUACAUCGGCUUGCCUCAAGACUGGGAAGAAGCUGGCUUGGGCUCAGCAAGUUGAAGGUACCACGAAGAGAGCCAAGAUUGCUUGUAACACACACAUGGCCCCCAAGAUCCACCGCAUCGUGGUGAUGACCCAGGUGUACAAGCAGACCCUGGCCAAGAGCUCAGAGACCUUGGUUGGGGCCCAUGUGAAGAUUCACCGUUGCAAUGAGUCUUUCAUAUACCUGCUGUCUCCUUUACGGUCGGUGACCGUGGAGAAGUGCAGGAACAGCACGCUGGUGCUGGGGCCCGUGCAGACCUCACUGCACCUCCACGGCUGCGACAACGUGAAGGUCAUCGCGGUUUGCCACCGCUUGUCCGUCUCCUCCACCUCGGGCUGCACCUUCCACGUUCUGACGCCCACGCGCCCCCUCCUCCUCGCCGGCAACCAGAUGGUGACGUUCGCGCCUUUCCACACCCACUACCCCAUGCUGGAAGACCACAUGGCCAAGAAUGGGCUCGCCACGGUGCCCAACUAUUGGGACAAGCCGAUGGUCGUGUGCAGGGAGAAUAACGACGCCAGGAUCUUCCGGCUGCUGCCUCCCUGUGAGUUCUAUGUGUUCGUGAUUCCAUUUGAGAUGGAAGGGGACACGACCGAGAUUCCAGGGGGGCUUCCGCCAGCCUACCAGAAGGCCCUGGGCCAGCGCGAGCAGAAGAUACAGAUCUGGCAGAAGACAGUGAAGGAGGCGGGUUUGACAAAGGAUCAAAGGAAGCAAUUCCAGGUGCUGGUUGAGAACAAGUUUUACGAAUGGCUGAUUAACACAGGGCAGAGCCAGCAGCUGGACAGCCUCGUGCCUCCUGCAGCAGGGUCGAAACAGGCCGCAGGAUAAGACGUGCUACAAGCCAUGGUAUCAAGAGGGGAAUAUCUGAUGGGAGCAGACAAGGGAGCUGGAGAGAAUGGACAAGCCCAGCAAGAAAAGGAAUUGCACGUGAGCCCAGUCUCUUUUUCCACACACCUCAAAAUAGAUUGAAAUUCAUUGUGAAUUUUAACACCAAAAACCAAUGUUAAUGAUUCAGGGGUGUUCCUGUGCUUUCUAAGAAAAUAUGAAGCAGAAUGACUGAUUUUAAAAUGUUGAUGUUCUGUUACCAGCACAGUACAGGACACAUGACACAUUAAAAAAUUCUAGCAUCUCAAAGGUAAGAUGGGAACUAUCAGGGCAACUAUUAGCACUGGACUCCAUUGGGGUUAAUUGUCCUGUUUGAAACUUUUGCUUGAUUUAAGUCUCUUAACUCUCUUUUUACAAUAUAAACGCAAUUGGAAACAAAUUGGCCAUAUAAAUAAAGGAUAUCACAAACCAAAGAAUGCCAAUUUUUACCAUUUUGAAGAUGACAAAGUUAGUAGCAACAGUUCCAUGUUAUUAUUUUUAUACUGAAGUAUUAGACUGUUGAGUUACAAAUGAACAGCUUUUAUUUGGAAGCAAAGAAGUUCUCCUUGUAGAGCUAUGAAAGAUAGUUUUUAUUUACUGCAGUUUGGAUGCCUUUAAAACGUUUUUGAUGGAAAUAUGCAUAUGUAUAUAUGUUGUCAUUUCUUGGUGUAUAAAAGUCAGAAGAAAUAUUUUUAUAUAGAGAUUGUUCUAGCGUUUAAUCUGUGAAACAAUGAAAUUUUUUUAAAAAAAAUAAUGUUUAUUCUCUGUUCAAAGUUGUAAUUAAUUGUAAAAAGUAUUUUUGCUUUCUUGUGAGAAUAUAGAGCUUCUACCUUUAUGCCUGAUAUUUUCAAGUAGAGCUAUUCUGUGAUGUCAAAAUAAAGUUUACAUUUUGUUA